AUCCCGAACGAUUGCUUCUCACUACUUCUCGAUGAAUAGCCUUGGAGGAGCCUUAUCUUUUCUCUGUAUAGAUCACCACAUAUACACACAACUCGGAGCGGUGGUUCAAUUUGUUUCUUGAGCUUUACAUGAAACUACUUAUCUGUCGUUCGGGGGUUUUAUAUACUUCACUCCGAUGAGCCAAAUUUGACUCGAUAUCACUGACAACGUCUUGCUCCUGUGAUCUCUUCUUUUCAGCUCUAUUGAAAGUUCCCCCUGUCUGUCGAUCUUGACGCGUUCUCUGUCCUUCAUGAUCAAUAUUGAUGUCCGAGCCGGAUCGUUCAAACUCCACGAUUCUAACAAGACAGUGCAUAAAUAUCCGACUCUGAAUCGCCUGGGACCAACCUGGGGUGUGCUCCUACAUUCCAUCUAGAUAUUGAACUGUACGCAGCAUGAACGCAUCUACUACCAGCCCUUCAUUUUCAGACCUCACGACAAUCGGAAACGACCUUCGCCUUACGUACACAAUGUGGAUCAUGUCUUUAGCUCUGGUCUUGUACGAUCAUGCCUUGACAUUGGCAGAUGAGAUCACUUUCAUAUGGUCAGGAAGGUUCAUCUGGACCAGAAUUCUCUUCGUAAUAAGCCGAUAUUGGACACUUUUGAAUUUCAUAAUCGAACACAUUAUCCUCUCUAUCAGCCACCCGUCCGACAAAGAAUCUUCAACGUCGUCUCUACAGGAAUAAUCAUGCUCCUCCGAGUGUAUGCGAUGUACGGUUGUAACCGCAAGCUUCUCAUCGCCCUUUCGGUUCUCGCUUCCGCGUCAAUGGUCACCGAAUUCAUCUUCCUAGGAUUCGUCAUUGGAAGAGCUCAACUCGCACAUUUACCGUUGCCUGGUUGUUUCCUCGUCAAUACAGAAUCAUUCGCCUACGCCUACUGGUUCCCCAUGAUCACUUUCGAAAUGACACUAUUCGUUUUGGCCAUCAUCAGAAGCAUACAAUUUGCAUUGGACGAUACCACAACGCCUCACCUGAUGUUCGUCCUUCUUCGAGACUCCAUAAUGUACUUCGGCGGUAUGGUCGCGGUUGUGUUGGCUAAUUGCGUCAUAUGGGCAGUAGGAAGGGAAUCCUUGUUCACCUCGUUCACUUCGACCUACAUUGCAAUUCAGUCCAUUCUGAGUUGCCGAAUGCUGCUUAAUGUUCACUCUGCUGCCAAUCCGUGGCAUAGACACAAUACAACCAUCUUUGGUUUGUCUGGCCGCUUUUCAAGUGUCCGUUUCGUCGGCAGGGAGACAGAAGAUAUCGGCCUCGAUUCAUUGGGAGAGAGACAUACGGUGCAAUAACUGGUCUCUGGGCUUAGAACGGUUUCCGUGAUUCGAGUCAAACCAAUACUGGUUAGAUGUAUUGAUUGCAUGCUUAAACGCAUGGAGCGCACUGGUAUAUGUUCGUCUGUGGUGCUGGGUUGCAAUACAUGGCUCUGUCGAAAUCGUGGUAGAUUACAAAGGCGCUGCAGGAAAAUCCAUUGCUUGUUAGGAUUGCU